UUUUCUACAGUGCGCGCACCGUUGCUUUCUUUCUUAUCCUUCACCCACCAUUCCCGCUCCUCUUCUUCUUCUUCUUCUUCUUCUUCUUCCUCCUCCACUCACCACCACCACCCUCACCCUCCAACCUUCACCUCUCGAUCUCACAUCACACCAUGCUUCACACCUCAUCUUGAACAAUCUCUCCGAUUCUCCAACCUUCUUCCCGAUCUGAAUCAACCGAAAACUCGAUCGUUGCCAUGGCUGGCACCGACCAACUCGACCCCAAUGACUCCAGGAUGGUGGUUCCGUUGAAUAUGUGGGUUUUGAUUUCCAAUUUCAAGCUGGCGUACAAUCUUCUUCGUCGUCCGGAUGGAACUUUCAACCGUGAUUUAGCCGAGUUUCUUGAUCGGAAAGUUCCGGCGAACCUUAACCCUGUGGAGGGAGUGUUUUCUUUUGAUGUCAUUGUGGAUAGGGGAACCAAUUUGCUCACUCGAAUCUACCGUCCGGCUGAGGGUGAAGGUCCGGUUAGCAUUGUUGACCUUGAGAGGCCUGUGACCUCUGAGAUUCUUCCUGUUUUGCUUUUCUUUCAUGGUGGGAGUUUUGCUCAUUCUUCUGCUAAUAGUGCUAUCUAUGAUACCCUUUGUCGUCGCUUGGUGGGGAUUUGUAAAGCGGUUGUGGUCUCUGUGAACUAUAGGCGUGCGCCUGAGAACAGGUAUCCUUGUGCUUAUGAAGAUGGGUGGACUGCUCUUGAGUGGGUGAAUUCGAGGUCAUGGCUUCAGAGUAAGAAGGACAAGAAAGUUCAUAUCUACUUGGUUGGGGAUAGCUCAGGUGGGAACAUUGCACACCAUGUUGCCAUGAGAGCUGUGGAUUGUGGGAUUCAAGUUCUUGGGAAUAUACUGCUCAACCCUUUGUUUGGUGGGCAAGAAAGGACCGAGUCUGAAAUGCGCCUAGAUGGGAGGUAUUUUGUUAGAAUUAGAGACAGAGACUGGUAUUGGAGAGCUUUUCUUCCAGAAGGGGAGGACAGAGACCACCCUGCUUGUAACCCCUUUGGCCCCAAUGGCAGAAGCCUCAAAGGGGUUUCCUUUCCCAAGAGCCUUGUUGUGGUUGCUGGUUUGGACCUUGUUCAGGACUGGCAAUUAGCUUAUGCCAAAGGGCUUGAGAGGGCUAGCCAAAAUGUGAAAUUGCUAUUCCUGGAUCAAGCAACCAUUGGAUUUUACUUGCUGCCAAAUAAUGAGCACUUCUCUACUCUGAUGGAGGAGAUAAAAUGCUUUGUCAGCAGUGACUGUUUGUAGGCUUAACGUUUUGCUAUACAUAAAGGGGACCUUAGGAUUGUGUAGGUUGUACUAAUAGGUAUGCUACUUCUUAACUAUUUUACAAUUUGGCUUCUUUGCUGUAGUAGUAGGACUGUGCUCCCCUGUGAUUAGGUACUUAUCUAGUGUUAAUCGUGUCGUGAGAUUGGUGUAAUCAGCAUAUAGCUAUAUGAUAUUUUCAUCAGCACAAUAUCAGGAAAUUGGGUGUUUGCUGAUAGGUGAAAGCAUUUUAGGACAAGGGGAGCCAUUGCAAUAUCUUUAUGGGAACCACCAAAGUUGUGAUUACCCAGUCUGACUUUCAGCCAAAAAAGAGAGGAAGACAGUCAAGACACUAUGCUAUUUGUGGGCAUGACCUUAAUGCCCAGCCAGUGGGGCUUGUCGUUGCCUGGCAAGUGUUAUAUAUUUAACUAAUUUUGGAACAAUGAUAGGGAAAGUAUAUAUGUUGGUGCUGUCUAUUAUAUAUUUUGUGCUGUCUCUCAUGUAAGUGUUUUAAGUCUGUUUCACCUUUUCUCUAUAUAGCUAAUUUUACGUUCUUUUGUUUUGGGUUGUCCUUGUUCCACGAUGGACAAUCUUUGCAGAUGUAAAUGGAUUUUCUUUUCAUGUUAUAAUGUUAGGAUUUGUAUUA